AUGUGGCGAGACCGCACCAACCUCUUCGCCAAUUGCGAUCCGGUCCUAACCCAGCACGCACGUAGCUACAUCUCGUACCGCCAGUCCUGCGCCCAUCACCCAGCCAAGAAGACGCGAUACUCCGGAACUAGCGGAAAUGGCUUCUCGGACUUCGGGCGCGGUAGUGCACCGGUCUCGGAAGAUCAGCAAGGGCUGUUGUCGGGCGCCGACUACGACGACGGCGAUGCCGUCAUCGAGAUGGACCUCCUCCCGCCGCGAUGGGCCGACAUCUCGGACGAGGUGACGGACCUGCUUGCCGACAUCGCGCGCAAGUCGCAGGUGUUGGAGCGCCUGCACCAGAAACAUGUGCUGCCGGGCUUCAAUGACGAGGAAACCAAGAAAGCCGAGGAGAAUGAGAUCGAGCGGUUGACCCAGGCCAUCACCAAGGGCUUCCAUGAAUGCCACCGCUGUAUACAAAAGGUCGAGCGCAUGGUUCGCGAAGGCAACAUGACGAGGGCAGAGGAAGUCAUGGCGAAGAACAUACAAAUCAGUCUGGCGACCCGGGUGCAGGAAGCAAGCGCAGGCUUCAGGAAGAAGCAGAGCGCGUAUCUCAAGAAGCUACGAGGCAUGUCUGGCCUGGGUGCUGCUUCGCCAGCUGGAAGGUCAUCGCCCCCUGUCGCCGCCAACUAUGCGGCAGACCCAUCACUGCUCGAGUCGGAUGCCGACAGAUCAUACUCGCAAUCCACAUUGCAACAAACAACCCACCAAAAGCUGCUCCACAGUAACGACGCUGUGAUCCUGCAGCGCGAGCGCGAGAUAGAGGACAUAGCACAGGGAAUCAUAGAGCUCUCUGAUCUGUUUAGGGACCUUCAGAACAUGGUCAUCGAUCAGGGGACGAUGCUGGACCGGAUAGACUACAAUGUGGAACGCAUGGCAACGGACGUGAAGGCCGCGGACAAGGAGCUUGUCAUUGCGUCCGGCUACCAAAAGAAAACGACAAAGCGCAAAAUCAUCCUCCUGCUUGUCCUUGUUAUAGUGGGUAUGGUCAUCUUGCUAGUUAUCAAGCCGAAGAAGAGCGGCAGCGGUGGUGGAGAAGACGGUUGA